AUGGGAAAUGCCAGAAAAAAAGGUCUCCUCCAGUAUCCAGAAAUUUGUGAUUGCAUAGAAACUGAACUAGAAUGUGUAGCUGUUAAUUUAAAAGCUGUUCCACUUGUUUCAAGCAAUGUAACCCUACUGGAUUUUGAAGGCAAUCGUAUCGAGACCUUAACUAAUACCACCUUCCUGGAAUGUGAUGCACUCACAGUACUUUUUCUUUGUGGAAAUCAAAUUCGUUUUGUGCCUGAAAAGACAUUUUCUUCAUUAAGAGAUCUGGGAGAACUGGACCUCUCCAACAACUUAAUUACAGAAUUACCACAUUAUAUUUUUGAAGAUCUGAAACAUUUACAAAAACUUAACUUGUCUUGCACUCCACUUUCUCAGCUGUAUGGGGAUCAGUUUGACAGUCUUCAACAACUUGAGUCUUUGUAAAGACCUGGAACUAUAGAGAUUCCAAAUAUAAAUUCAAGAAUGUUUCAGCCCCUGAAGAACCUUUCCUAUAUCUAUUUCAAAAAUUUUCCGUAUUGUUCCUAUGCACUCCAUGUGCGAAUGUGCACACCAUUAACAGAUGGGAUUUCAUCAUUUGAGAACCUCUUGGCUAAUAAUGUUCUUAGAGUAUUUGUCUGGGUCAUAGCUUGUGUUACCUGUUUUGGAAAUCUUUUUAUCAUUGGAAUGAGAUCAUUUAUCAGAGCUGAAAACAAGAUGCACACCACGUCUAUCAAAAUGUUGUGUUGUGCUGAUUGUCUGAUGGGUGUGUACUUCUUCUCCAUUGAAGUCUUUGACAUUAAAUACUGUGGACAAUAUAAAAAAUAUGCUGUGCUGUGGAUGGAGAGCUUACCAUGUCAUAUCAUGGGUUUCCUGGCCAUGUUUUCUACAGAGGUCUCUGUCUUGUUGUUGACAUAUCUGACUUUGGAAAAAUAUUUAGUAAUUGUCUUUCCCUUCAGUAAUAUCCGACCAGGAAAGCAUCAGACAAUAAUAAUCCUUGUAUCCAUAUGGUUUAUUGGAUUUGUAAUAGCAAUAAUCUCAUUUUGGGAUGAGGAUUUUUUUGGAAAUUUUUAUGGAAAAAAUGGAGUUUGUUUCCCACUUUAUUCUGAUCAAACAGAAGAAAUUAGAGGCAAGGGGUAUUCUCUUGGGAUUUUUCUUGGUGUGAACCUACUAGCAUUCAUCAUAAUAGUGUUUUCAUAUGUCAGUAUGUUUUACUCCAUUCAAAAAACUGCCCUUCAGACAUCAGAAGUAAGAAGCAACAUUCACGUGGAUGCUUCUAUGUACUUCAUACCAAAAGAAAAUGCUGAUUAUCUUCUAAAGUUCUGUAUUUCAUUGUGAUCUUUUCUAGGCACUGUCACUUUCUGGAUAGUGAUAUUUAUUCUGCCAAUAAACAGUGCCUUGAACCCAAUUCUCUACACUCUCACCACCACUUUCUUUAAGGAGAAGUUAAAGCAGUUACUGCAGAAACAUCGAAGGAGGUCGGUUUUCAAAAAUGACAGAAAAAGCUUGGCUACUUCAAUAGUAUGGACAGAUGAUUCCUUAAUUCAUGCCUCCUCUCUUAGACUUGGAUUUUUAAACAAAUAA